GAGUAUCACAGUGUCAUUUGCUUCGACGGCUGUGUCAACGAGAACAAGUCGAUUGUGCGCAAUGGGCUGGGUGAUGAUGGCAAACUCCUGGAGUUCGUGCUCAUUUUCCAGCGUCGCGUGCGAGAGGGCCGACAGCGCAAAAUCUUCUGCGGCUCGCUGAAGGUGGAGACCGCCAUGCUGAAGGUGGAGACCGCCAUCAUGAAGCUGUUUGUGCCCCGGGCUCGCUUCAGUGAACUUCAGUGUCAAGGAGCGGGACAGUCAUCCCGCCGGCAUUGGCCGAUGGCACCGCGAAGACGGCCAAGAAAAGAGCCAGUGUCAAGGGCCACCACGCACUACUUGACCUGCAUCAGUGUUUUGGGCUAG